CUUGCCACUGGUCACAUUCACAUUCAGGUCCCUCCCACCCAGUGUCGUUUAAGCACGGCUCCAAGGCAACCGGUGCUGCCUCUCGAUGACGUCAACUGGCCAACAACAACAAUAACAACGAAAUCAGUGCUGUCAGGGCCGAGGAGCGAGCUUCGUACGUGAAUUUCCAAUGGAAAGUCCGAGAAGAAUCGAAAGUGACCACUUCAGGGAAGCUGGAGAUCCGGAGGGUGAACGCCCAACGGAGAGUUGCGCCCAAGCUGCGGGGACAACUGAGGCGAUGAUGAGGCGAAACGUCCAGCAGCCCGCUGGUUGCCGACAGCUCAGAGGCUGGGAUCUGCUCAGUGGUAUUGCGGAGGUGAUUACCUGGAAGAGACCUCUGCGGUGCACAGCCGUCUUCUUAACUACUAAUUUAAUCUUCUGGUUUGUAGCCCUUUGUUCCUGGAGAGUUUACAACACACUGGCUCUGGGCUUGAUGGUCUUAGUGAUGGUUCAGAUGAUAAGAGACGUAAUGAUGUCCAGACAAAGAGGAGCCUAUAUAUGGCGAAGCAUGAGCGAAAGCACUACUGCUUGCAGCACUGAAAGCAAAGGCUUGUGCUGGGAAGUCAUUGACUCCAGCCAGGAGAACAGGGAAGAGGCCAGCCAGCUCACAGACUCCUGGUUGAGCUGCAAGCUGCUCCUCCAGGAAAUGUCCUAUUUCAAGCAGCAGAACCCUGGAAAGUUCUGCCUCCUAGCCUGCAGCUUCUGCUCCUUCUUUGCCGUUCUGGGACGUUACAUUCCAGGAAUUGUCAUUUCUUACAUAGCGGUUCUGGCUGUCUUCCUCUGGCCACUGCUGUCGUCCCAUGAGUUUGGGCUGUGGGUGGAUUCAGUUCUGCAGAAACUGGAUUUUGGAGUCGGGGACUUCCUUCAGAGAAUCAAAGAAAACCAUGAAAAAAGAAUGAGUCAGAGACAAGAGGAGAGCAGCGAUACUGACCUAUCUGCACUUUUCCCCAAGCUGGACUCGUCCAUUUGCAAAGAGCUCUCCAUAUCAGACACCGAGGUCUCCCAGGCAACCUGGACGGAGAACACCUUUGAUCUGUCAGAGGGACACACUCCUGUGACUGAGGACUCAGAAGAUUUGGAUCCCCACAAUGGCCAAGAUGAGGCGUUCGCCAGUCGGCUCCCAGAGUUCCCGUCGGUGGAGAACGGGACGUGGACCAACAGCGACGACGACGAUCUGAGCCUGGGCCUGCAGGCCCCACCGCCCAUGGGGAGCACGCGCCCCCAGCAGCAGGCCCCUGGGUCCCUGGCGAUGGAGCUGAUGGACAGGAUGGCCGGGGAUGUAAUAGUGGCAGCGGUGACAGCGGCCAUCCAGGAGCAGCUGGAGCCCCGCCCCGCCGGACCCCGGCCCACAGGCUCGCAUCAGCCUCUGGACUUCACCGAGGACUCGGACAGUGAGGCAGAGGGCUUUGAGCUGCUGGACCAAUCAGAGCUGGAGCAGCUGCAAGGUGAGCUGGGCCUGGAGAGAGUGGCCCAGGAAGCCCCUCCCAAGCCCUCUAAACCCUCCCUCUUCUCAAGACUGCUGGGACGCCACUGAUAACGAGGCUGUGGGCGGAGCCCUGGGAGCAGGUGGGGCCCCGCACAAGGAAGACUAUGAGGGUCAACGGCAGGGGAGGCCAAUACAAGACGUGGUAUUCCUUUCUUUCUUUCCAGUAGAACCAAAUCAUCCUGAAUCAAACUGUUGAUAGAAGUGAUAACCCUUGGAUGGAAGUGCAGGAGGGGUUGCUUUGGACCCCAAAGUAGGUGUUUCUGAAAGAGUCCGUGACUUUAGCGACCCGCUACUCCCAACCUGUUUUGCUACAACAAGCAGCUGGACUAGCUAGGGUUAGCAUCACAGGUGCAACUGUCAAAGGACUAAGCUGUGUGCUUCCUGUCCCACUGCCGAAUCCUUCUGGUCUGUCACAACCUGUGGGUACCAGCUAACCUCGGUUGGUCCAUGGUACUUCACCGUGCCCUCACACAUAAAGACAAACAGCCAGAUCUCAGUAAUGCCACCUUGUGUUUGGAGAUGUAAUCAGUGUACUCUUUGACAGGGAAAUGUAAUCAGCAUACUCUGUGUGCAGAUUCUGAACUGAUUCACCACAAUACAACACAUCCAUGUUAGAAGCAUGAAAGGAUUAUUCCCAGUGAGGCUGAAUCUACUGAAGAACCUUCAUGUCUACUUUUUAAUUUUUUACUUUAGCAUUAAUGCAUUUUUCACACUAUUUUAAGGGCCUUUUCAGACUAAAGCCAUUUAAUAUAUACAUAAGUACUUAAGCUUUAAGCUUUAAAUGUAUGAUAUCAAAUUAGAAAAUGCAUAGACGCAUUGACAUUUUGGUUGUUUGUACAGCCCUUAGGUAAAGAAAGUAAAAUUGCAAAAUAAUCUGAAAAUAUUAAAAGUACAUUUGUAACACUGCAAUUAUUUCUGGUUUUAUUUUACCAAUUUGUGACUUAUUCUAUGCCUGUUUAUCAGUUAAUUAAACAUUGUUAUUACAUUACUAGAAAGUAAUAAUUAAUUCAGGUCCCUUAAAUAGUCUGCCAAACAAAUAUCUCUUAACUGUUACCUAUUUUGCUGGAAAUCAUGAAGCACUUCUUGUUUUGUUUCACCUAGAUGGUCUACUGUAAUAGAUUUUUAAUGAAGUAAUAUCAAUAGGUAUUGCAUGGAUAAUCCUGUUUUAUGUCCCCACAUUGUAUAUUUUGUAUUUGAACUUGAACGUAGAGAUUUGCAUAACCUAUGCACUUCAUACAAAAUUGAAAUUGAAUAGACAUCUUUCAAAUGUGGAGAGUUUCUAAAUUAAUAAAAUAAGUUAAAGACCUCUGAUUUUACUUAAAGUGUGAUCCUAGUAGAAUCACUUCAGCUCAUAGCAAAGGCAGUCAUGGACAUUUUAAAAUAUAAAAAUGGCAUUAAAAUGAUUGUAUGGUAAAAAAAAAAAAAAAAACUUUUAGUGUCUGAUUUCUUUUCCUAAACUCGGGGUACAUAUAAUUAGAGCGCAUCACAGUUUCAUCUUCAUAAACACGACAAGGUGCAUAUUAAACUGUUCUGCAUUUGAGUACAUUCAUGUUUUAAAGAGGAUUGCAGGACAUGGUAAUGUUGUUUUGUUUUUAAAUGAAUAAUGUUUUAAGAUUGGACACAUUCUGAAUCUACACUAGAAAUUGUCAUUUUUAAUUGCAUUCUGCAUUUACUGAAAUUGUCUUAACAAUUUAGUAUAUAAUAAUUAAUAAUCUAAUAAUAAUAAUAAUAUAAUAAUAAUAUCUAUCUAUCUAUAUAUAUAUAUAUAUAUAUAUAUAUAUAUUUGUAAAAGGCGCAAUGAUAAAGCCUUGUAAUCCUACCAUCUUGAUGACCACUGGAUGGAGUUGGAGGCCCAAUCAACCUCACCCCCCACACAAUAAUUUCUGCACUUAAAUAGCACUCCAUAUUCUUCUCUGAAAGAAGAAAACUGUUUGACUGAACAUACAAAACCCGUAAGAGUCACUUCUCUGUUUGCAAUGUAUGAUAUGAUGUAGUAAUAUCCUGGAAUAUUUUCAGGGAAUGCACUGUUUGUAUUUAAAUGUGGCACUGAUUGAUUGUGUACAUCUUCUGUUUGAUGUAUUCUGAUUUAAAACCAUCUAUGUUCACAUUUGCAACACACCUACCACAAGAACCCAGGAAAGAGAAUGUACAUGCUUAAGGCAGGGAAGACAUAUUACAAUAAACAACGAUAACAAUAUUUAAAGAGAGCCUCUAUCAUUUAGCUUCCAUUUCAUCUUUUCCUUUUUGAAGGGAUGUUGGCUGUACUGUAUAUCGAGGGAUGUGGUUUUCAUGGUCGUUUAUUUGCAUGAAUGUAUUUGCAUUCAACUAGAUGUCUUGGUAUGAAGUAAGCUAAUUUUGAAAUUAGGAAUUAAUUAAGAAUACCUCAUUCCUUUAUAGACAAAUGAGAUUUAUUCCUAAUUUACCAUAUUCUACGUUUUAUCAUAUAUUUUGUUUAUCUAGAUGUGCUCUUUAAGGAAAUCAAAGUCAUAUUUGGAAAUCACAAGUGAAGAAAAAACAUCUUGAAAUUCAUCAGCUACCCUUGUAAGUCUGUGGUACCACUGUUUUGUUAAAAUGUAAACCUAUUAUCACCUACAACAGCUCACAUGUGCUUAAAAGGUCUAGGUCAAAUCCAGAGAUCAGCUAAACUCAGUUAAUGUAAUUUCAUAUAGGAGAUAUUCCCAUGCUGUAAUGUCUCCAGAAAGUUGCUUGAAAAAUAAAGCAGAACUCUUUUUCCCCUAUGAGGUAAAACAUUUACAGAGGAACUAGAAAGACGGAAGUGACUGUUCUGUACACAUUUUAGUUUCAGUGUUAAGCAUUUGAAAGAAAGUGCCAGUAGAGUUUUAUGUCAACAUUAAACAUAAUUAAUGAUUACAAACGUGACAUAAGAUCUAUGUUAUCACACGUUUUCUGAGAGAGAAAGUGGACAAAUUACUUUUAAAGUCAAUGUAGGAUAGAAGUCACUGCUAUGUACUGGUAAAGAAAUAAUUAAAUUGAAACGUAUUUGUAUUAGGGAUCAUUCUAAUUAAGAUUUAAAAAACCAUAAGCUUAAUUUCCCACUUAAAUUUUCAAUCAUGUAUUAGCAAUGCACAAAAGAAUUGUGAUUUUUUUGCAUGCACUUUCAAAAUGCAAAUUGCUUGACAUAAACAAUCAUACCUCAUAAAAUCAGUAUAUAUCGUAUAAGUUUGUGAAUAUGUGUGCAUGUGUACAACUGAUAAACCCAUGAAAAUCAGCAUGAGAAUCAUCAUACUAAUUUAAAAGAGGAAUCCCAUUAUGUUUUAUACCCCACAUGGUUUAUGACAUUUAAAACUAUUAAAUUGUGAAAAUAAUAUCUACAUUUCGUAUAUUUAGCAUCUUUUAGUUGACUUGUUAGUUUCUAGCUCCUUUAAAAUCUGCCUUAUUACAAGUGUUCGAUAUGCCCUACUUCACAGCAUAUCAUUCAUUUUUAUGGAUUGUAACAAAUCAGUUUUUGUUUUACUGUCAAAUAAAAGGUAAAUCUUAUUAAACAUC